AUGGCCUCAACUUUUCAUACUUUCAUCAUCGAUGGAGUGCCUGUCUUGACGAUUCUUAAAAAAAACGAGGCAAGAAGACUCAUCACAUUAUUGGAUGCAUUGUAUGAAGCCAAGUGUAAAUUAGUUAUCCGGGCCGAAGCCGCUCCCGAUGAUAUAUUCUUCCCGGAAGCGAAGAUUGUCCCCUCACCCAUGAAACGGGAUUCUCCUAAAGGAGGCGAGAGUAUUGACGGAGACGUAAUACACUCCGAGACGGUGGCCGAGGUUUACCAAGAUACAAUGUCGCCCUUCAGGCCGAAUAUCUCGUCAUAUACCGACUCAAAAAAUACGGAUUAUGAUCCGGAUCAGGAUUCCGACUUUGGUGUAGAGCAAAAGUCCAAAGUAGACUUUAGUAACACCAGUGCGUUUACUGGUGAGGAUGAACGAUUCGCCUACAAGCGAGCUACGAGUCGGCUUUGGGAACUUUGCGGAGCUCAAUGGCAUAGCCGCACAGGGGACAACUGGUGGCAGCCACUUCCUUUAGAAGCGCGGCAUUGGGAAGGUUCGCCAGUUUCGAAGCCACGGCCAUGGUCAGCUUCACCGAUUGUCCGAGGGGAUGAUGCUAGCAUGGGACCGUCAGUAGAGCUCGAAGAGCCUGCAGGUCUACAACGGCUACGGAUUGAACAUUUAAAGAAGGCCUUCUCAGGGGAGCGCCAGGCGAAAAGCCGCGACCAGGAGUAG